AUGCAGCUGGUACCCAUUGAGUGGACCUCGCAGACAAUAAGCGGAAUCUCCGGUUCGAUAUCUAUUGCUUGCUGGGUGAUUGUGUUUGUUCCUCAAAUUUAUGAAAACUUCUAUCGUAAAUCUGCCGAUGGUUUGUCACAGCUUUUCGUGGUGCUGUGGUUGGCAGGAGACGUCUUCAACCUGGUUGGGGCCGUAAUGCAAAAAUUACUGCCUACGAUGAUCAUUCUUGCAGCGUAUUAUACGGCGGCAGACAUCGUGCUACUGUUGCAAUGUCUGUGGUACGGUCCUGAGGAGAAGGUGGACCCUAUCCACCUUUCGCCAGCGAAUCCCAUGAACGAGAAUGUUUUACAUGACGUGUUCCAUGAGAACCAGCCUUUGCUGCAAGCUCAGAGUCCUACUGCUGGUCUCGUUGCGACGGCAGAUGACCUGUUAAAUACCGAGGUCGAGGUCAAGAAAAAUUAUCUGCACGAUGGUGUGAUCGUUUCGGCUGUUAUCCUGGCGGGAUUCCUAUCCUGGUACAUAUCCUACUGCCAAAAUCCAGGACUCUCGAAACCGGACGGACCAACUCUAGAAGUGAAUUGGUUGGGUCAAAUAUUCGGAUAUCUAAGCGCUUUGUUGUACUUGGGAUCUCGUGUGCCUCAGAUCCUACUCAAUUUUGAGAGAAAAUCCUGUGAAGGUAUAUCGUUCCUUUUCUUCCUUUUCGCAUGUCUGGGGAACAGUUCUUUUAUUUUGUCAGUCCUGGCCAUCUCGCUUGAUAAGAAAUACUUGAUCCUUAAUGCUUCAUGGCUUGUUGGCAGUACCGGUACCUUGGUGAUGGACUUCAUCAUUUUUGCACAAUUUUUCGCAUAUCAUAGGGAAACUAAGACGGUCGAGCAGGAUUCAGUGUGA